AGAAGCAAGCCGUGCAGUGCUCAUCACAGCCUUGAAAUGUACGUGGGGCAUGACAGAGAUCACUGAAGUGUCCAGACCUUUCAUCAAUUCUUUUAAUUAUUAACUUCAUUUCUCUUUUCUCACAAGAACGUGCUUUGCAAACUUGUCCUGGCAUCUCGACGCUCAUGGCCUGAUGUGUGUACAGGCGAUUAGUUUUGGCUCUGUCGCUGAUUGUGAACAAAACCUCCAGUUAGUCAACACACUGGCGAUCGGUGUACAUGUCACGUGGAAUGAUGUUCAGGAGCUACAUGCUGCUGUUCACUUGCUUCGUGUAUAUCUUCAGCUGUCAUCGCUCCGCUGCACAGAUAUUUCCUUAUGCUCCUAUUUUCAACUGCCUGGAUUCAGCGGGCCUUUACUACGUUAGCUAUGCAGCCAAUAUCAACGUAACUUCGGCACUAACCGCCUGCGCUAAUGGAGGGUUUCAACACGUUCCUCAAUCAUCCACGACAGGUUCUUGUUUUCAGCGAUACUACGCACAUUUAGUUGCUGCUGGCAAUGCCAACAUCACACUCUGGAUUCAAGGCUCCAGUGGACUGACGUGCUACCCACAAUCUGCGCCGUGUCCUACACUUUCGUCAUUCAUCUGCGGGAAGACCGACAUAGCUGCUGCUCCGGGUGGGAGCACACCAUGUCCUGCACCGCCAUCGAUAGAUAACGCCAUGGUUAUUGCUCCGUCUGGUAGGCAAUUCCCGUCAGACGUUCUAUACAAGUGUAACCCAGGCUACUCCAUUGUAGGCAGUAACACUGCUCAAUGCCAGAAAGAUGGGAUGUGGCACAACCCUGCGAAACAUUGCCAACAAGAAGUUUGUAACACGCCGUAUAUUGCCAAUGGAUUUACGGCUGGUACUGCACCAAUGUUCAACAUCUCUUGUUGCACGGGUUACAAGCUCGUAGGACAGAAUACGGUUUCAUGUACCAGUAAUACUUCAACGACCAAGCUCCCAAUAUGUGAACUUGUGUCCUGCCCACAGAUCGUUCAGGCACUGGCGAAUGGAACAGUGUCCAACAAUCCUAACACUGUAUAUUCCGUUCAACACUUCACAUGUGAUGUUGGCUUUAAGCUGGUUGGCUCACUGUCCACAACUUGUCAGCUAAAUGGUACCUGGUCGAGUGUACCACCGACUUGUUCACGUAUCACAUGCGACAAUUUAUUGUCAGCUCCAGCCAAUGGCACACUAUCAAUUGGACCAAGAACCGCCCUGAGCAUACUUGAGUUCUCGUGCAAUGAGAGGUAUGCGCUGCAGGGAUCAAGGUCUUCCCUUUGCCAGUUGGAUGGGACCUGGUCAACUGGGACUCCAACAUGCACACGUGUGAUGUGCAGCCAGGUACUGUCUGCUCCAGGCAAUGGGACAAUCUCCACUGGACCAAACACAGCAUUAAGCAUACUGGAGUUCUCAUGCAACCAGGGAUACACUCUGCAAGGAUCCACUUACACACUUUGUCAACUGAACGGUGCAUGGUCACAUGGAACUCCCAUUUGCAACCGUGUAAUGUGCAGCCAGGUACUGUCUGCUCCAGGCAAUGGGACAAUCUCCACUGGACCAAAUACAGCACUAAGCAUACUGGAAUUCUCAUGCAACCAGGGAUACACUCUGCAAGGAUCCACUUACACACUUUGUCAACUGAACGGUGCAUGGUCACAUGGAACUCCCAUUUGCAACCCCAUUACUUGCAAUCAAGUUCUCUCGGCUCCAGUGAAUGGUGCAGUAUCAGUGGGACCAAGAACAGCGCUGAGCGUUCUCGACUUCUCAUGCAACCAGGGUUUUACCUUGCAGGGAUCAAGAUCAACCCUUUGCCAGCUAGAUGGGACUUGGUCCAACAGUGCUCCCUCAUGUAAAGUGAUAACGUGCAGUCAAGUUGUCUCUCCUCCGGCAAAUGGUGCAGUAUCAACAGGACCCGGAACAGCGCUGAGCGUCCUCGACUUUUCGUGCAACCAGGGCUACACCCUGCAAGGAUCACAAACCACCAUUUGCCAACUUAAUGGUACCUGGUCAAGUGGAACGCCAACCUGCAAACUCAUCACUUGCAAUCAGGUUCUCUCGGCUCCAGUGAACGGUGCAGUAUCAGUUGGACCAAGAACAGCACUGAGCGUUCUCGACUUCUCAUGCAACCAGGGUUUUACCUUGCAGGGAUCAAGAUCAACUGUUUGCCAGCUGGAUGGAACUUGGUCAAGUGGAACUCCAACAUGCAAACUCAUCACUUGCAAUCAAGUUCUCUUGGCUCCAGUGAACGGUGCAAUAUCAGUUGGACCAAGAACAGCACUGAGCGUUCUCGACUUCUCAUGCAACCAGGGUUUUACCUUGCAGGGAUCAAGAUCAACUAUUUGCCAGCUAGAUGGGACGUGGUCAAGUGGAACCCCAACAUGCAAACUCGUCACUUGCAAUCAAGUUCUCUUGGCUCCAGUGAAUGGUGCAGUAUCAGUGGGAUCAAGAACAGCACUGAGCGUUCUCGACUUUUCAUGCAACCAGGGUUUUACCUUGCAGGGAUCAAGAUCAACUAUUUGCCAGCUAGAUGGGAGUUGGUCAAGUGGAACUCCAAUAUGCAAACUAAUCACGUGCAAUCUGGUUCUCUUGGCUCCAGUAAAUGGUGCUGUAACAACUGGGCCAGGAACAGCACUAAGCGUGGUCGAUUUUUCCUGCAACCAAGGCUAUAUCUUGCAAGGAUCGCGAUCAGCUAUUUGCCAGCUAGAUGGGACUUGGUCAAGUGCAACUCCAUCAUGCAAACGUAUUACCUGUGAUCACGUUUUACCCGCUCCUGGAAAUGGCACUGUCUCGAAUGGAUCCAGAACAGCAUUCAGCAUUCUCUAUUUCUCCUGUAAUGAAGGAUUCAACCUGCAGGGCUCCAAGUCUACUCUUUGCCAGGCUAAUGGAACUUGGUCAAGUGAGACGCCAGCCUGCAACCGCAUUGCGUGUAGUGCCGUGAUCACACCACCAGAGAAUGGCAUGGUUCUGGAGGGCUCUAUCCUCUUCGGCAGCAUACGCGGGUUCUCGUGCAACCAGGGCUAUGAACUGCGAGGUUUCCAUUACGCCCGUUGUCAGGAGAAUGGAACUUGGUCAGCUUCUUCGCCUACCUGUGUUCAACAAGAGCCGUCGUCUGCAGGUUCCGAAUCACAACAACUCCCGACUAUUGCAGCUGGCGGAAUUGGAUUCGUCAUUGGCUCUCUGAUGAUGGGAAUAGUCCUUGUCAUCAUGAUCAAGCGGCUAAGACAGCAGGAACCGAAAAAGACAUUCCGCGUGACCAUGCCAGAUACGAAGACGGAUGAGUUGACGCUACUCGAGUCGCGAAUGGUCACCAAUGCCGCGUACGAUACAGUUCGUCCUACCAAAAGGGCGGAUGAGGGAGAAUAUGAAGUGAUGAACCCUUCAAUGUAAUAUCUUUCCCAUUUCUUACAAUAUCUCAUUCUCGUCUUGCAAGGAUAUGUGGAUUAUUUGAUCCUUAAUCUGAAACUCAGGUAUGUUGAGCCAAUAAUAACAUGUAGAAAGUAAAAGAACAUAUGGAUAAGAGUUUAGAGUAACGGUCUACCACUGCAACUAGAUACUAUAAUUAUACAGUCAGAAAGUGCAAUAACUAGGCACAAAACUGACAGAGUACUGAUACAUUCGACGACUUGACACCUAGCUUCAACACAAGUGACUUUUUUCUUUUCAACCUGGACUCUUCCUUGGUUUCCCCUUUCUCUCUAGCUACUCUCUUGUACCUUCUUGCCGCUAUUAUUCACUUUAAACAUGUGGGGCUUUGAAUAAAACAAGUCUAA